UGUGGGCUGGUGACAUGAUGUGUUGGGCCACCCAAGUUGUCUAUGGCAGGAGUGAAUAGCUGUAAGAGUUGAGCGGGCAGGCAAUGUCUUGUGUGUAUGUAAGAGUUUUACGGAGGUGAUCCAAAUUAUGCGGAGAGAUGCAGUAACGAGGGCUUUUGCCUGCGCUCUCGUAAUGCUGAUGCUGCGGAACACCUUCGUGCACUGCUGUGGACCAGGCAGAGGUGGUGCUCGUAGGAGAUCUACCCGUAAACUCAUGCCUCUAAUCUUCAAGGAACACGUGCCUAAUGUGUACGAGAACACGCUCGGUGCCUCUGGACUAACAGAGGGCCCGAUAACCCGAGACAGCGCCAGGUUCCAGGCGCUCGUGCCCAACUACAACCCCGAUAUCAUCUUCCGCGAUGAGGAAGGAACCGGCGCCGACCGACUCAUGACCGAGAGAUGCAGAGAGCGACUAGACACGCUGGCGAUCAGCGUGAUGAACCAGUGGCCGGGCGUGCGGCUGAGGGUAAAGGAGGGCUGGGAGGAUGACGUCACGCUGCACAAUCAGGACUCCCUGCACUUCGAGGGCAGAGCUGUGGACAUCGCUACUUCAGACAGCGAUCGCUCCAAGUACGGGAUGCUUGGGAGACUGGCCGUGGAGGCAGGCUUCGACUGGGUCUACUACGAGGCUCGCUCCCACGUACAUUGUUCCUGUAAAUCUGAGUCUCCGGCGCUGAGCAGACUAGGAGGCUGUUUCCCUGGGAGCAGCCUGGUACUAACACCUCAAGGGGCGCGACCGGUGUCCACAAUACGUCCCGGGGAUAUGGUUCGUGUUAGAAAUCCGUCGGGAUCUCCAAUUUUCAGCCCGGUACUCAUGAUGAUUCACUCGAACGAAAAAUCGAGAGCCAAUUUCUUGAGAAUACACACCAAGUCGGGGAGAAAACUGAACAUUACACCAUCUCAUCUGCUUAUGAUAGUAGACAGGCAAGAUAACCCAGAGCACAAGACGCUGAACGAAACGAGGUCACUCUUAAAAUCAAUUUUCGCUGGACAAAUCAGAAUGGGAGACCAGCUCGUCAUUCUUAAAGACGCCGAAUCAUUUGAAUUAGACGAAAUUGUUGGAUUAACGAGCGCUGAACUCGAUGGAGUCUUCGCACCUUUAACGAACGAAGGAAAUAUAAUUGUAGACGACGCUCUGGUUUCCUGCUAUGCCAAUAUUGACUCGCAGGCACUAGCACACUGGUCUUUUCUGCCCGUACGAGUUUAUUACAGAAUCAAAACUAUUUUGAUGAGUGCCUUUGAGGCUCUCGGACUUUUCACUAUUGACUCCAACCUGCAAACUAUGUCAGGUAUAAAUAAAAAUAAUAAAAGCACAGAACAUGGUUCGGUUAUGCAGUUAAAAAUCUCCGACGGUCGUGCGACAAAUCAAGUUAUUCUUUCUCCAAACGUUCACUCAAGCAAAGGCCGCUUUGAGAGCGGGUCGCAUUUUGAAGAGAAUAUUGAAAAUAAAACUCAAUCUAAACUGGCUGAAACGUACAGACUGGAAUUGAAUGGACAUCUUACAAGAAAAGAAGGUGAAUUCAGUCAGGACCAAGUAAGGCGGAGAGAGGUGAUGUCAAAUCCAGACGUUGCGGACUCCAGCAUCCACUGGUACGCGCGAUGUCUGUACGCGGUAGCCAGGCUGGUGCUUCCUAAAGAUUGGAUCGUCUCUUGAUGUGUCAACCAAACCAGUCUAUGUAUUUCCUCAAAGCGUAGAGAGAAAUGAAAAAAUCUUUUCGAUUGUCAAUAAUUAAAAAUAUAUGGAUCUGGAACAUAUUUGGUUAUGAACGUCAGGCAUAUAAGAAUCGAGUCAAAGUAUUUGUUAAAAAUUUAAAUGGGAUUUAAAAUCUAAGCUGUUUGCUGUAUUCCAUCUAUCUUUUUCUCAACAGUAGGAAGGUAGUGGAACCCAAGAAAAAUCGCGAGUGACAAAUUCAAGACGGCCAACAUCUGAGUGGUACCGAAUACCGAUACCACCCGAUUGAUUUUAUUAUAGGUAGUGUAAAUAAGUUGUGUCUGCUGAGUGUAUAUAUUGUUAUCUUUUAAUGCAUACUAAAUUCCAAUGUUUAAUACUGAACAGCGUUAUCGCUAUAAACUAGAAAAUACACUACGUAUGUAGGAAAUGUACGCGUAUUCUUUGCAGCGUAUUUUUUUGUAUAUUUGUAAAGCUUUAUUGUGUCUCCCAUUUAUCUUUAAUCAUUAUCUAGGAUAAAGAAAAAAUGAUUUAUAACGAUUACGUUUUAUGAAGAACCAAUAUUGCGCCAGCCUUUUAGUCUAACUGCAGGACACGUUUAAGUUCUAUUGAAUAUGACCUCCAAGCCACAUGUUCGUCAUAAUCCACUAACAAGGUAAUUUAUUCAUAUAGAAGGUGAAGUUCAAGAUGAACUCUAAAACUCUUACGUUUGCUUUUAUUUCUUGAACAAUCAUGCGGAGAUUAAUAAUAGCAUGCUUAUGACAUAAUAAGACUAUUUAAUUGAUGUUCGUCAUUUUUUAUAUUAUUCGGUGUUUCAGUGUGGAUUCCAGAUAUUUUGGUCCAAGAGGCUCUCGUUAGUUAGGUCUUGAUGUUGUGUGAAUUUUCACUGGGAUAUUUUCAAUUCGAUCCUAAGCAAUUUUCAACCAAAAACUAAACCAGAAUAUAAUUUACCACGGAUAUAGGAAAAUUUUUCAGUGUGUUGGCUUUGUACAAAUUGGGAAGUAGUAAAUGUAAUAUAACAUGUUUGAACCGUAAAAGUAGAGCCUCUACGGAGUGAAACCAUGUCUACCAGUAAUACCGAGUCAUGUCGUUCACGGAAACUAUUUCUGAUUUAAAUUUAUUUUUGAAUAUGCGGCAAAACAUAGCGCAUUAUUUCGUUCACUAUCAUAGUAUUGUUCGAACACCUGUGCUCAGAUCUUAAUGUGAAGAUCUCGAGAAAUAAAACAAUCGUUUCUUAUUGACGAAGAGACAAAAUUUUUUAUAUUGUUGAUGGGCUCAAUUGCUUGGAAUUCUGUAUUGUUUUUUAAUGGCGAAUAAAUAAUUGCCUUAGUGAUUUAUUUUAUCUCCACGAGAAUUGAAUAAUAAGUAGCAGGGACUGAGAAGGCUUCAUUUGACAUUAUUUUUCUCUGAAAAUCUUGCGGUCGCAGUAGAAGAUGUUUGGGAAAAUCAUAAAAUGAAUUUAGACGCACCGACUCUUACCCUUCUUCUGUAAGCAAUGUUACUCGUCACAUGUAGAAGUGCGUGGAAUAUGUGUUAGAGAAGUUAUUGUAAUAAUAUAUUCACGAUUAUUAAUAUUUCAUAUUUCUGCUUCGAAAACGAGAACACAGAACGACUAACCGCCAAAUUCUAUACGAAAAUGUACUGCUUGUAAAAUAAAUGUAUAACAACC